CGCCGCUGCCAUGGCGGCAGCUCCACCGCUCUCCAAGGCCGAGUACCUGAAGCGUUACUUGUCUGGGGCAGAUGCCGGCGUCGACGGGGGCCCUGAGUCCGGCCGCAAGCGUCGCAAAAAGCGGCCGAAGCCUAGCGGGGCCGGCGGCAAGGGAAUGCGAAUUGUGGAUGAUGACGUGAGCUGGACAUCUAUCUCAACCACUAAAGCAGAAAAGGAAGAAGAGGAAGAUGAUGGAGAUUUGCCUGUGGUGGCUGAGUUUGUAGAUGAGCGGCCAGAAGAGGUAAAGCAGAUGGAAGCCUUUCGUUCCAGUGCUAAAUGGAAGCUUCUGGGGAGCCACAGUGAAGAUAUACCCUCAAACAGACAGUUCUGUCAUGACACCCCGGAUUCAUCUCCUCCUAGGAAGGUUUGUCAUGACACCCCGGAUCCAUCUCCUCCUAGAAGGGUUCGUCAUGACACUCCAGAUCCAUCUCCUCCAAGAAAGGUUCGUCAUGACACUCCGGAUUCAUCUCCUCCUAGGAAGGUUCGUCAUGACACCCCGGAUUCAUCUCCUCCUAGGAAGGUUUGUCAUGACACCCCGGAUCCAUCUCCUCCUAGAAGGGUUCGUCAUGACACUCCAGAUCCAUCUCCUCCAAGAAAGGUUCGUCAUGACACUCCGGAUUCUUCUCCUCCUAGGAAGGUUCGUCAUGAUACCCCAGAUCCAUCUCCUCCUAGGAGGACCCCUCAUGACACCCCAGAUUCAUCUCCUCCUAGGAGGGCCUACCACAGUUCCUCAGAUCUCUCUCCCGCCAGAAGGGCCCGUAAUUGCUCCCCUGACACAGCUCAACCUAGAAGGACUCUUGACUCUGUGGAUCGAUCACAGCUCAAGAGGGCCCAUCAUAAUUCCACUGACUUGGCUUCUAAUGUUCCUCACUCACUGCCCAGAACCAAAAGCAGUGAAGCCCCAGAAAGCUCUAGCAAAACUUCUCCACAUCGGAAGGGGCCAGGACCUUCUCAUCCAUCACUCUCAAAGAAUAGCAAAUAUGAGUAUGACUCAGACCUCUCUCCUUCACGAAAAAAGCAAGCGACGUCCCGUGUUGGAAGUAAGCAGUAUGAUUCUAAAGGCUCUUCCCCCACCCAUAGGAAACAUCACACAAGCUCUCCACCCAGGAAACAUCAGAGUCACACCUUGGACUCUUCUUCCUACCCAGGUGACAGUAGGAAAACCUCUGAUUCAGAUCUUUCUCCCCCACGGCACAAACAGAGUUCAGGGCCCCAGGAUUCCGAUUCCGAUCUGUCACCUCCACGGAAUAGACCUAGGCAUCGGAGCUCUGAUUCUGACCUCUCUCCACCAAGGAGAAAGCAGAGGGCCAGAUCUUCUGAUUCUGAUCUGUCUCCACCUCGAAGGAGUCAGCCUCUGGGAAAGAAGGCUGCACACAUGUAUUCUGGGGCUAAAACUGGGUUGGUGUUAACUGACAUACAGCGAGAGCAGCAGGAGCUCAAGAAACGGGACCAAGAGACCAUGGCAUUUGAAGCUGAAUUCCAACAUGCUGAAACUGUAUUUCGAGAUAAGUCUGGUCGUAAGAGGAAUUUGAAACUGGAACGUUUAGAGCAGAGGAGAAAAGCAGAGAAGGACUCGGAGAGAGAUGACCUGUAUGCUCAGUGGGGCAAAGGGCUUGCCCAGACCCGGCAGCAGCAACAAAAUGUGGAGGAUGCAGUGAAGGAAAUGCAAAAGCCUCUGGCCCGCUAUAUUGAUGAUGAAGAUCUGGAUCGGAUGCUGAGAGAACAGGAAAGGGAGGGGGACCCCAUGGCCAACUUUAUCAAGAAGAAUAAAGCCAAGGAGAACAAGAAUAAGAAAGUGAGACCUCGCUACAGUGGCCCUGCACCUCCUCCCAACAGAUUCAAUAUCUGGCCAGGGUAUCGCUGGGAUGGAGUGGACAGGUAAGCCUGAAUAUUUCCUAUAGUUUUGUUUUCUCUUCCUUGUAACCCUAACCUUCGCUGACUGUUCUCAAAUCAUUGUACACUCUGCCUUAUUCUCUGCUCUGAUCACAAGGUUAGUAGUGUGCAGUUUACUUGCUUCUGUUUCUCAAAUCCCAUUUCCCAUGCUCGUAACACUCCUCUUUUCCUUUUCAAAGCUUUUUAAAGCUCUGGGUAAAUAACUGAGGUGGUCCAGAUAGAUACCUUUUUUUUGAUGUUGAUCACUUCUGGUGGUAUUCUCUAAGGUUUAGAGAGGAUUGAGUGAUGGGUGCUAGUCUGUAGCCUUCUGUAUAUUGUAUCUUUAAAGUGUAGCCCUUGAACCUUUUCUUCACUGCCUUGGGAGUGAGUCUCUUGUAAUGUCGCACUGACCCCUACUGCCUUAUAUGUUCACCUACCCACGUCUGUACCCACAUACACUUAACUUUCUGUAUGCUCUCAUGGGUGAAUUGUAUGUGCCUCUAUCUGCAGACAGUCCCUCUACUUCCUGUUCGAUUCCAUCUCUUGCCUGCUAAAGGACAUAGUUCUAUCAUGUAGCACAGUGACUCUCAAACUUUGUAAUCUCAAGACCCCUUUAUACUCUUAAAGAUUAUUUAGGACUCCAAGAAGUUUUGUGUGGGUUGUAUCUGUUAAUAUUUACCAUAUUAGAAACUAAAUAGUUUUAAAAGUAUUUAUUCUUUUAAAAAA